CCUACGUGGUGUACAUUUCGUUGUGGCUACAGUAGCCAUAUGUUUGAGGCUUCAGUGUUGUUUUGAUAGAGGUGACGCAAACCGUGACGUUUUCUACGUUGAGAUAAUCCUACCGUAGUCUACCGAUUUUCACUACGAAGCGUAUGGUCCUUGUAUUUCUUAACUGCGUAUCAAGGAUUUUUCUAGCAAACCGAGGGAGGCAUUUGAAUGACGUUUACGCCGCUAUGUGCUGCGCUAUGUACUGAAUAUCAGUUCUGCUGGAAUACUAUUUUUAAUUUGUUUGCAAGCGUGUUUUAUCAUUAAGAUAAAUAAGCAGUCUUGUUGUUAUUGCAUCACUAAUUAUGUGGGUGGAUUGGCAGUUGAUAUUUUUCCUGAAGUGUUAUUUUGACAGGCGUAACGCAUCCAUUAACGCUGAAACCUGAGGGUAAUGGUCUUCAGAAGAAUGUUUCCCGGCCGAUGAAGAUUGGCUGAGGAUGACAAAGAUGAGGAAAAUAUAGGGGUCACCCCAGCAGUGUCGGGGGCUGCAGGGACCUCUGUGAUUACUGACCCCUCGUCCCUGACCUCCCAAGCUCUGUACACUGGCUGGCUAUGGCCGCACAGAGGACACCCCUGGUUAGAGACUUUAACCACUUCAUCACUUGCUCUCUGUGCAGAGGUUAUUUGAUCAAACCCACCACGGUCACUGAGUGUCUACACACAUUUUGUAAGAGCUGCAUCAUCCAACACUUUGAAGACAGUAAUGACUGUCCCAAAUGUGGCAUUCAAGUUCAUGAAACUAACCCUCUAGAGAUGCUAAGGUUAGACAAAACUCUGGAGGAAAUCAUUUUCAAGCUUGUGCCUGGACUUCGAGAAAAAGAGGAACAGCAGGAGAUUGAUUUCUGGAGGAAGAAUAAGUCAAAAGAAAAUGGCCAAGGAGACAGCCUUGGAUCUAAAAGGCUUCGGCACAGUGAUGAUGAAGAUGGUGAUGAAGAUGGUCAAGAUUACCACAGGAGCGACCCCCAGAUAGCCGUCUGUCUGGACUGUCUCCACAGCAAUGUCCGUGCAGGAGAAGACACAGUUAAGGGAUUGAUGAAGAAGUUCAUUCGCUGCUCUAGUCGAGUCACAGUGGGAACCAUCAAGAAGUUCCUCAGUUUAAAGUUAAAGCUUUCCAGCUCCUGUGAGCUGGACGUUCUGUGCAACGGGGAGAUCAUGGGGAAGGACCACACUCUAGAGUUCAUCUACAUGACCCGCUGGAGGCUGCAAGGUGACAAUACAUACCCCAUGGUCCUGGAAUACAGACCGCGAAUAGACUUUGGCUGAACGAAGCCCUUGAGAAGCCUUCCUCGGCAAACCAAGCAGUGACUGGAUGUACCUACAGCCAAGGCCGGGAAGUCAUUCCUUCUGAACAUUUUGGCCCUUCUAUACGUUUGACACAUUCAUUUUUUUCUUCAGUUUUUAGUUCUGUUGUGUCCCUCGUUGUCGGAAAUGAUGUGCUUGUGGCCAAAGUGAUCUUUGAGACAACUAGGUGGAUGUUUAGCUAAAGUAUAGCUGUAUGAAUAUAAAUGUAUCAACAUCUUAUUUAUUAGCCAGGUAAUCAGGUACCCUGGCAGUGAUAAUGAGCAUGCAACUGCAUGAUAAAUGCAAGUUGGACGGCGUGAAUAGAUAAUUUUUUUUAGAAGAUCAAAAGGGAGGAUUCAAGCGACUUCAAGGGCUCUGACUGGAGGCCUGACUAACAAGAAAUGUUAAUUUAUAAAUGUAAUUUUCCUCCUCUCUUUAUAAAUGCAUAGAAAACUUCCACAGAUUUGCCUGCAAUCAAUCAAUUAGGAAACUUUUCAUGUGACAGAGCAGCCUAAUAUUGGCAACAGGUUUCAGAGUCUAAACCUUAAGGCCAUUUGUCUUCAUUCUGACUUAUGCUCAGUUAUUAACCAGUCUGACAUGCUAUUGAAACCUGCAAAAAAAAAAAAUUCUGGCAGAGGCUGGGGAGCCUGCAAGAUGAGGAGAAAAACAUUAAGCCUCUUUCGCGCACGUACAGACAGACAGACAGACAGACAGACACACACACACACACACCCAUGAACUAAACCCAUCCUGCAGUGUGAUUAUCCUGGCUCCUGCCAAUCUCAGACCUGCACUAAUAUCUUAUUUGGCACCUGUCAGAAUGAGCAGCAGGUAUUUCUUUUAGUUUUUUCAGAUUGAUCUUGGUAUCUUUUUAGGCUAGUGAGAUACUAUUUGAAAAUUUUCGAAGGGAAUCCUUAACCCCAGCGGUGUGUACAUUUCGUAUUGUUACUAAACAUUCGACAUCGAACUGUUGGGUUUUCUUGAAGUCGUCAUGAAUUAGAUGUCAUUACAGCACUUACAGUAUAUAUUAAUUAUAUACACCAAUUAUGCCAAUUCUGGAUACGUUUUAUCACUGAAUAGCUUUGGGCACUGUAAAAACUGGUUUUAGCUAGCCAUCUCAAGUUCAAACUUUUACACUGUAGUCUAUGUUUAUUUGAUUUAUACGUGUAAAACAUUGAUGUAAGUCUGUGGCAGUGAAACCAAGCUAAUCUGCUGAUAAUAACAAAGAGCCCAUCCCACUAGAGGCCUCGGACCAAUAGCCAUGGGUCACCAUUGUAUUUUUCUACAAAAUAACGAAAUAAGAAAGCGUGUACAUACUACGAUCAAAGACUUAUGCUGCUUAGAAUAAUACAUUUUUGAAUCAUAUGAUGAAGCUGUAUAGAAAGAUUGUACCUAUCUGUAUUUGAUUUAGAAUUAUAAUUGAUUAAUAAAUUAAAUGAUUUAUUCUG